AUGACUGAAGUAUCUGAUGUUCUGGCGCAACCCUCGGAUGUCAACAAAUACGAGCACCUGAAGGAGAUUAUCAUCAAGCGCUUUACGGAAUCACCGGACAGACAGUUGCAGCGCGCUUUGCUGGAGCUUGACCUUGGGGACAAGAAGCCCUCGCAGCUCCUUCGGCAAAUGACAACUCUUGCUGACAGUCGCGCGUCUGCAGACGCCUUGCGAGUCCGCUGGCUCUCUCAGCUACCGCAGCACGUACAACGGAGUUUGAAGCUCCUACGCUCAGCAACUUUGGAAGCGCAAGCUGCACUCGCUGACGAUCUCAUGGAGGAGGAAUCGGGUUCUUUUGUCAUGGCUGCUGGGCCCUCCUCGGCACAAUUCAGAGGCAACACCCGCGAAUACCCGCCGGCAGCUGGCACAAGUGUCGUGGACGCCUUGAAACGCGACAUCGCUGCCAUCAAGGCCUCUUUAACUCGUCUCCAGAACAUGCAGCCCUCCAGCCAUUCUUGCCCAGCCGAUCGCAACGAGCAGCAACUCCGAGCACCACGUGUCUGUUUUUAUCAUGCCAAAUUCGGACCAAAUGCACGAAAAUGCUCCUCGCCCUGUGCCUGGGUGCCACAGCAGGGAAACUAA